AUGAUUUUUAGGGAUGAUGAUGAUGAUGAUGAUGAUGAUAACCUUGGCGGAUUCACUUAUUGUUCAUUUCAGAUAAGGAAUGAAAGUGAAGAUGAAGCCACAGUUACGAAAUGGCAACUUAAGUCCUUUCACCAGAAAAUUAACCAACUGCUUCUUGCCUCUAAGAAUGUUGCGAAUAUGAACAAUGCAGUGUCUGAGUCUAUUGAUAUCUGCAAAUCUACGACCGAAAAAGUCGAUAAAAUAAUCUCUGAAACAACCACUUUUAUGGAGAAUUACCGAACCACCUACAACAACAACACUACAUUUGCGAAUGAAGCUCUUCAGAACCUGGGCUCUAUGUUCAAAAUUGAAAAGGCAAACUUGAAGGUCAAGGAUUUACUAUCUGAGAGGGCAGUUAUGCGAAGCUGCAUUUCAGAUGUCACCAGCUUACUCUUAGAUAUCAUUGAGAGUAGGGACUCAAUGAUUUCUAUCAUUGUUCGGAAACACUUGGCUGAUAAAUUAACCGUUGUAUUUGCGAUGUUGCACCGACUGCAGGGUGUUUCUCCUCAAAGUUCUCAUCAGAAACAAGUGGGAGAAGGUGGAACUGGAAAUGAUGAACCUCCCAAAGUCCCAACCAAGCCCAUCAUCAAGAAAGAACCUAAGGGCAAUGAGAAGUUGAUUGAAGACGAGCCUAUAAUCGAUGAUGAUGAAGACGAAGAGCCUAAUGAAGCCGAGCUAAAAAGGCGGAAGGCUUAUGAAGAAGAACUGAACGAAAAUCAAAGAAUCAUCGAGGAGGCCGAGGAAAAGGAAAUGGUUGAAAAGGAAGCUCAGGCCACACUCAAAAGCAAAAUUCCUGAAGAAGAAGCCGACUGCCGUUCCCAAGGAAGCUCUGAAAGACUUCAAGAAAUUAAAGUCAGGGAAGAUAUACAAGGAAGGAUGGUUCGUAGUGUACCCUUCUAG